CUAAAAUUAAUAUUCAAAUUAUUUAUUUAUUUUAUGUGAAUUAGACUUUUUAAGUUAUUCUAAUUACCUAAUUCACAGUUAUUUUGUAACCUAUAGUUUAAAAUGGCAAGCAGCCGAUUAGAACGUAUUGGAACUAUACUAACAAGAGUGGAAGGUCUUCUUACGAAAGGAGGAAUGAAACCUGAUGACAGACCUCUGUGGUUCGAUGUUUACCGAGCCUUUCCACCAUUCGCUGAACCUAGAGUAGCCAAACCUAAACCUGAAAUCAAGCCUAUUAGACAAAUAUUGUAUCAAGAAGACAUCAUUAGAGCAAAAUUUCAUUCGAAAGGAUUGGGCAUGGGUGCUGUUAAUAUAUUAAACCCGAACAGCGAACCACAAAUCAAAAGAUUGAUUAAGCAAUACGAAAAACUAAAAUCUGAAGGCGUCCCAGAUGAAGAAUUGGUUGAAAAGUCAGCAGCAAUGGUGGCGAGUGAACCGCGUCCAGAAAACAAGAGCUCUAAAAUCCCAAAAACGGACAACCCGGAAUCGGUAACAAGCAAAGUUUUAGCGGAAGCAGAUUUGAAAAAUAUAUUUAGCGAAAAGUGAUUG